AUGAUAAAUUUCAUUACGGCAAACAAAACUAAAAUUAUCAAAACUAAAACAAUAUUUGAACUUUCUUUGUUAGAAUCAUGAGAAUAAAUCAAUUUAGGUAAAACUAAAAAGAUAAAUUAGUGCUUAUACAUAAGAAAAACGUACGAUUUCUAAUGUGUAUAUCUUGGAUCUAACAGACAAAAAUUCUCUCGUUGUAGAUAAAAAGACAGGUGUCUGCUUUGAUCAGCCCAAUUGCCAUUUUGUUUUGGAUAUUCAUCAUGUUAACAGCUUUCAUUCAGUUAAGUGAAGCAAAGUCUACUCAUAAACAAAUUCUUAAACUUAAUUAUGGCAUUAUAUUUGAAAAACAAGGUAGAAUUCAUUUUGGAAAAGAUGUCUGGAAACAUACCUUUCAAAUUAAAAUGCCAAUAAAGAGAGGAAGUGUAGAAAUUCAGCAAUGUAAACAAAAGCAAAUAUGCAAAAGAUACAAUGAAAUGAUUGUACAACUAGAUUUGUUGCAAAAGCAAAAUGUGGUUAAUUUAAAUGAAACCGUAAAUGUGAUAAAAGAAUUAAUACCAACCAACAAACCAACACUAGUCAAAGGUAGAAGAAAAUCUAAAAGAGCAAUCUUAUCUUUCGUGGGGCAAUUAUCAAAAACUCUAUUCAAUACAGCAACUAUGGAUGAUGUAAACCUAUUAGCAAGGCACAUAAAUGCCCUAACUACUAGAACAUUAAAGUUAACAAAUACAAUGGCUCAACAUGAUCAGCAUGAAUCUUCAUAUAUGGCUUCUGUGGAUAAAAGAAUUUCAAACCUAGUUACGCAAAUAUCAGACAAUCAUAAUGAAAUUAAUAUGAUGCAAAAAUCUGUAUUAGACAAUGUCAGAGAAGCAGAAAAUUUAUUUCUGCAUCUUCAAGCAAAGAUAAUAGAAUCAUUUUCUUUAUCUUCAAAAAUUAAUCAGCAACUGGAACAAUUGAAAUUGGGAAUUUUUGAUUUAGUACAGGGAAAAUUGUCUCCCUUACUAAUAAAACCUUCAACUAUAACCAGCACACUAAACAGGAUACAACAGGUAUUAAACACAAAAUACCCAGGAUUUUAUAUUUCGCAAACUAGUCAAAAUUUUUAUUAUGAUACCAAAAAUUUUGUAUUUUCAAAACAUAAAUCUGAUAUAUUUGUGAUGUUAAACAUACCAUUAGCAUAUAAAAUGUCAAAAUUUGACUUGUAUAAAGUAACGUCUUUGCCAUUUCCACAUAAUUCAACAACUCAUGCUACACAAUUGUUAAAUACCCCUAAAUAUAUAGCUAUUACAAAAGAUAAACAAUAUUAUAUAACAUUGUCAGACCAAGAAGUAGAAAAAUGUACCAAAUAUAAUGAUAAUUUUCAUUGUCAGUUUACAAAAUCAUUUUCAACUAGUAUAAACUCAUGUUUAAUAUCAAUAUAUAAUAACCAAAAAGAGAAGGUAAACCAAUUGUGUGACUUCAGAUUUUUACAUGAUGUAAUAAAACCAAAAAUUGUUGCAUUAACACAAUCAUCUGUAGUAAUAUAUAAAACCCCACAGUUAAAUAUGGAUUGUAAUGGAAAACAAAUAAUAAAACAAGGUUGUGAUUUUUGUAUAAUUCAAAUCCCAUGCAGAUGUUCUAUUUUAACUAAAAACUUAUAUAUUCCACCAUCAUUUACAAAUUGUAAAAGAUCAAAUAAUAUAACUACUAUAUAUCCAAUAAAUCUUGCUUUAUUACAACAAUUUUUUGAUGCUAAACAAUUAAAAGAUAUUCAACCUAAUUCUACAUUUAGUACAUUACCAAAUAUUGCAAUUCCAAACUUUAAAAUGUAUAAUCAUUCUUUUUCAACAUUUUUGUCAAAUGAUAGAAGAAAUCAUUUAAGCCUUACAAAGAUGGCUGAAGCUACAAAGAAAGAAGGCAUGGUUUUCCAUAAUUUGGCAGAGCCACUGCUAGAAGGAAUCAUAAAUGUUAAAGAUAGUUGGCCUGAUUUAAAUGGUAUUUUAGGCAUGAUAGGAACAGUACUAGCAUCCAUAUCAUUUAUUUUUGCUAUAUGGGCAUUCUUUAAAAUAAAAAACCUAACAACAGCAAUAAUAAUACUUCAAGGAUCUUGCCAUGUAAAAGCUAUGACAGCACCAUCAUUUAUUUAUAAAAACAUUCAAACAACAACAUCAAACCCAAUUUCAUCAAAUUUUUUUAAUGAACUAAAAUUUAAUCAUAUUUUGGUGGCCAUAAUUGGUAUUUUGAUUGUCAUUGUGGUUUUUCUUGUAUUAUACAAAAAGAAAAAAAGUUCUCAACACACAUUUAUAUCAUUAGAGAUAACCACAGGUUCAAACUGCUUAACUCUUCCCCUUUGCAAGCUACCACUAUGUCCAUCAUAUUGGACUUUUUCAAUGCCACCAGAAGUUGAAAGUCUCAGUGUUUCUGGAAUUUUUAGACCUAGUUUACAUAUUAAUUGGGAAGAUUUUAUCAUAACAAAUACUUUGACACAAAAAUCUAUAGUAGGUCCUAAAAGUAUUAAAAUUUCUUUCUGGGAAGCUUUACGCUUAAAACAAAUUUUAAAACAACCAUUUUUUGUUUAUAUUUUAUUAAAACACAAUAAUAUGUACAAAAUCAUAAACGAGCCUUGAGUUUUGUUGACAAUU